UUUUUGAUCUUCUGCCAUAUUCCAACAAGAGAGUGGCAGCAAACCUCUUGCAACAAGCGCUUGGUGAUCCUACGCUGGAUGCAAUGUACUUGCUCUCAACAUUCAAACUGCAACCAAAGAGCACAGCCACCAUAUUUGGCCUGUAUUCAUCAACUGACAACAGCAAAUAUUUUGAAUUUACGGUAAUGGGACGGAUGAAUAAAGUGGUGCUGCGCUAUCUGAAGAGCGAUGGGAGGCUGAAUUCAGUGAUCUUUAGCAACAUCCAGCUGGCUGAUGGGAAACCCCAUGCUGUCAUCUUGUGGCUGAGUGGCCUGCAGCAAGGAUCGAACACAAUGGAGUUAUAUCUGGACUGCCUGCAAGUAGGUGCUGUUCAGGACCUGCCAAGAGCGUUUUCAGCACUAUCUCAGAGGCUGGCGACAGUAGAGUUGCGCACUUUCCAGGAGAAGCCACAGGAUACCCUAGAUGAGCUGAAACUGGUAACUGGAGGAACACUUGCCCAAGUGGGGAACCUGCAGGAUUGUUUUCUUCAACAAAUUGAACCUAUUCCUCAGUACACCGGUGAUUUUAAUAGGCAGCUGAUGGGUCAAAUGUUGCAGAUGAACCAACUACUGGGAGAUGUGAAAGACCUUCUCAGACAACAGGUCAAAGAAACAACUUUCCUGAGAAAUACCAUAGCUGAGUGCCAAGCAUGUGGUUUGGGAACUGUGAAUUUUCCAACUCAGCUUCCCAGGCGCAGUAAACCCAAAUGUGAAGUUAAUUCCUGCUUCAGGGGAGUCAGGUGCGUGGAUACAGCAGAGGGAUUUCAGUGCGGCCCCUGCCCUGAAGGGCUCACGGGAAAUGGAGUUAGCUGCUCAGAUAUCGAUGAGUGUCGUUACAACCCUUGCUUCCCUGGAGUGCGAUGUGUGAACACUGCUCCGGGUUUCCGAUGUGAGACUUGUCCCCCAGGAUAUACAGGACAAACUGUGCAAGGGAUAGGAAUCAGCUACGCCAAGACCAAUAAGCAGAUCUGCUUAGAUAUUGAUGAAUGUCAGAAUGGUGGACUUGGACUCUGUGUUCCAAAUUCCCACUGCAUAAACACUUUGGGGUCUUUCCAGUGUGGCCAGUGCAAACCGGGAUAUACAGGAGACCAAGCCAGGGGGUGCCAGGCUGAGAGGAGCUGCAGAACUCGAGCCCUCAAUCCAUGCAGCGUGCAUGCCCAUUGUAUUGAGGAGAGGAGGGGAGAGGUGACAUGUGUUUGUGGCAUUGGCUGGGCUGGUGAUGGUUAUAUUUGCGGAAAAGAUGUUGAUAUUGAUGGCUACCCCAAUGAAGAACUCUCAUGCUCUGCUGAAAACUGCAGAAAGGACAAUUGCAGAUUUGUCCCAAACUCAGGACAAGAAGAUGCUGAUGGCGACGGGAUUGGAGACGCCUGUGAUGAUGAUGCAGAUGGAGAUGGCAUUCCCAACGAGCAGGAUAACUGUGUCUUGGCUCCCAAUGUUAACCAGAGAAAUGGUGACCAGGAUAUCUUUGGAGAUGCUUGUGACAACUGCCGCAAUGUCCUGAAUAAUGACCAAAGGGACACAGAUGGUGAUGGGAAAGGAGAUGCUUGUGAUGAUGACAUGGAUGGAGAUGGUAUUAAGAACCUCUUGGACAAUUGUCAGAGGAUCCCGAACCCAGACCAGGAGGACGAGGAUAACGAUGGUGUUGGUGAUGCCUGUGACAGCUGCCCUACAAUCAGCAAUCCAAACCAGUCAGAUGUUGACAAUGACCUGGUUGGAGAUUCCUGUGAUACCAAUCAGGACAGCGAUGGCGAUGGGCACCAGGACAGCACAGACAAUUGCCCUACCAUCAUUAACAGCUCCCAGCUGGACACAGAUAAGGAUGGCUUGGGCGAUGAGUGUGAUGAGGAUGAUGUUGACCUCUUGCCCCCAGGCCCUGACAACUGCAGGCUGGUCCCUAAUCCAGGGCAGGAAGAUGACAAUGGUGAUGGAGUCGGUGAUAUCUGCGAGUCUGAUUUUGACCAGGAUACAGUGAUUGAUCGGAUCGAUGUGUGCCCUGAGAAUGCAGAGAUCACCCUGACAGACUUCAGGGCCUAUCAGACAGUGGUGCUGGACCCAGAGGGAGAUGCGCAGAUUGAUCCCAACUGGGUGGUUCUGAACCAGGGCAUGGAAAUUGUGCAGACUAUGAACAGUGAUCCUGGCCUUGCCGUUGGUUAUACAGCUUUUAAUGGCGUUGACUUUGAGGGUACUUUUCACGUGAACACGGUGACGGAUGACGACUACGCUGGCUUUAUUUUUGGUUAUCAAGACAGCUCUAGCUUUUAUGUGGUAAUGUGGAAGCAGACGGAACAGACGUACUGGCAAGCAACUCCCUUCAGAGCUGUUGCGGAGCCCGGCAUUCAGCUAAAGGCUGUGAAAUCCAAGACAGGCCCUGGUGAGCACCUCCGCAACUCCCUCUGGCACACAGGGGACACCAUUGACCAGGUCAGGCUGCUGUGGAAGGACCCCCGAAAUGUAGGGUGGAAAGACAAAGUCUCCUACCGGUGGUUCUUGCAGCACAGACCCCAGAUUGGUUAUAUCAGGGCAAGAUUUUAUGAAGGCUCUGACCUAGUGGCAGACUCUGGUGUAACUAUAGACACCACGAUGCGUGGAGGACGGCUCGGAGUUUUCUGCUUCUCUCAGGAAAACAUUAUCUGGUCCAAUCUGAAGUACCGCUGCAAUGACACCAUCCCAGAGGACUUCCAAGAAUUUCAAGCUCAGCAAUUUGGUGUUGGGGAUAUUUAACACGGAAAAGCACACUAACAUUGCUAUUGCAAACAAUAAAACAAUAUAUUUUAAAUCCUUAUAUGACUGUUGUUGUAAAAGUGCACACCGCAGCUUGUUCUCAUUGAUGUGACUAUGUCAGACUUUUUUUUUGUAUAAAAGUGAAAAUAAAAACGAGACAAAA